GCAAUUUAAUUAGACCAGAUAAUAAUGAUGGAUACAAUAUUAAAUUAUCUACGUUUAAAGAAAAUUUGUCAGAAGAAUUAUCAAAUUUUCCAUCAGUUUUUGAAAUUAGUAAUAGAAUAAAAGAGGCUUCGAAUACUAUGAAAAGAAUAUUUCAUAGUCUUGGUAUAAAAAUAGACCAAGAUUUUCUAUUAUUAAUUCAACAAUCAAUUCAUUCGCUUAAAACAAAUAUUAGUUAUAAUAUUUUAUUAGAAGAAAUGAGUAAUGAUUUUAAUAUAUCAACUCAAGAAGAAAUAGAAGAAUCUGAUUUAUUAGAAUUAGAUUCUAAUCAAUUAGAUGAUAUUAAUAAA